UCUUAGGGCUACAAGAGGUGUCCGGGAGCAGCUGCUGCUUGCGGGACGGCAAGCGCCUGAGCCGGGGCGCAGCUGCUGCAGCUGUUGGGGGCACUGCGGGAGCAUUUUCAUCCUAAAACAUGGAUCUUCUUUUGUACCUGUGCCUGGGAUUCUGGGUACCUUUGGUGGCCGCGUUGGACUUCAAAUAUCAUCACCAAGAUGCAAUGGAAGCUUUUUUGAAGGAGGUUGCCCAAAGCUACACUUCUAUAACUUACUUACACAGUAUUGGGAAAUCGGUGUCAGGCAGAAAUCUAUGGGUUCUUGUUGUGGGAAGAUCUCCAAGGGAACACAAAAUUGGGAUUCCAGAGUUUAAGUACAUCGCUAACAUGCAUGGUGAUGAGACUGUAGGACGGGAGUUACUCCUCCAUCUGAUAGACCACUUGACUAAGAAUGAUGGAAAGGACCCUGAAAUCACCCGCCUGAUUAAUAACACUCGGAUACACAUCAUGCCUACUAUGAAUCCAGAUGGAUUUGAAUCUGUUGAAGAACCUGAUUGUUUUUACUCAGAUGGCAGGUUCAAUAAAAAUAAAUAUGAUCUGAACAGGAAUUUCCCAGAUGCAUUUGAAAAUAAUACUGACCCAAUACAGCCUGAAACUCAAGCAAUAAAGAAAUGGCUAAAAUCUGAGACAUUCGUCCUUUCGGCUAAUUUACAUGGUGGAGCCUUGGUGUCCAGUUACCCAUUUGAUAAUGGUGUACCAGAAACCGGGACAGAACAGGGCCAUAGCUUAACUCCAGAUAAUGAUGUAUUUGAAUAUCUUGCAUAUACCUACUCUUCAAGGAAUCCUGAUAUGAAAGCAGGAAACUACUGCAAACAUAGUUGGAAUUUCCGCAAUGGUAUCACAAAUGGGUAUGCAUGGUACCCACUCGAAGGUGGGAUGCAAGAUUACAACUACAUCUGGGCCCAGUGUUUUGAAAUUACAUUGGAAGUAUCAUGCUGUAAAUAUCCACCUGAAGAAACUCUCCAAGACUUCUGGAAUAAUAACCAAUACUCACUAAUAGACUACAUAAAGCAGGUUCAUCUAGGUGUUAAAGGUCAAGUUUUUGAUGUGAACAAUAAUCCAAUACCAAAUGCAAUAGUGGAGUCUAGUGACAGGAAACAUAUAUGCCCCUACAGAACCAACAAAUUUGGAGAAUAUUAUCUUCUUCUUCUGCCUGGAUCCUAUACAAUAAAUGCUACAGUUCCUGGAUAUACAUCAGUCCUAAAGCAAGUGACCAUACCAGAUAACAGCAAGAACCUCAGUGCGCUUAGGGUGGACUUUCAUUUUCCUUUCCAAGUGAAUAAUACUGGGAGCACCCGGAUUUCAUGUUCUGAGAUUCCUCUUUACUUGUAUUUUAAGAGCCAUUCUAGUAGACUGAAGUCACAUUAUAUCUCCUUAAUUUUAUUGACUUUUAUAUCUCUCUUUCACAUAAAAUAAACCAUGAGAACUGCACUCCCUCCCCAUCCCCACCCCACCCCGUCCCACUCCCGUAUCAAGAAUUACGUCCCUUCAAGCCAGACCACCUCAGUCUUGCUCACUCUCUUCUCUUAUCAGCUGCCUGGUUUCCUUGGAUUUUCCCCUCAGGUGGGGACAUUUAUUUCCCACCGAGCUGGAUAUUCCUGAAUCAUUCAAACUAGGUGGAUUAGCCCAGUUCAGCCUCUUAAAUAGUUGUAGGAUAUCCAUAAAACCAUGCCAAAAUCAUGCCCAAAAUGCUGCUGCUCAGAAAUUGCAAAAUGGAAGUCAGUUAAGGUAGAUCACACAACUGGUAAGUCUUUGCUGGACUUUCACCAACAGAACCAGCUCAUUCCAUCAUUGCUGGGGGAGUUUGAGGGAGAGUAGAAUCACCUUCUGAUCUAUCAAACCUGCCUUUGGUCUUGAUCAUCUGUCAUCUGGACCUUCAAAGUAUAUUUUCACUUUGUCACUUGGGAGCUCUGGCCUCUGAAUGACCUUUUAUUUUUCAGCCUUUAGAAUAGGACUUCUUAACCUAGAGUCUACAAACACCUGAGAAGUCCAUAGAUUGAUUUCAAGGCCAUAAACUCGAGAUAGGGAAUGGGGAGAGGGAUCAAUUUUUUUAUUUGAACUCUAAAUGAAAUAUAGCAUUUAUUUCAAUUGUUAUUUUUUAAACUUAUAUUAUUCUGAGGAGGGGCAUAUAUGUCUCACCUAACUGCAAAAAUGGUCCAAAGCACAUUGGACCAUCUUUAAAACAAUCAGCUUUAGCAGCUGAAACCAUCAAAAGCUUAACUCUGCUACUCUUCACCUCUAUUAGCAUAAAUUCUUUGAGUAGUAUACUUGGGAAGGAAAAUCUUUAAUUUGGGAAGAUUAAUGGGUACUCGUAAGAGUUCUGAGAUUAUUAGUAGAGCUGAAUUAAGCCCCAAAAAUACUUUGGAGAGAGUAUACCUGUCUAUCAGAAAUAAAAGAAGAGAUGAAGUAGAAAGCAUGUAAUGCUAGCUACUUCCACGACUUUUUCUCAAUUAGCACUGCUGCUAGACUUGAUGUCAUCUUGGGAAACCUAAGAAUUAAUAAGUACAAAGUACUUCCUAUAAGGAAAAAAAUAGAACCUACUUUGUAUAAUAAAUGGAAAUUUUCAAAUGAUCCAUAAGAAUGAGAUCAAAAUAAAUCAAUUAAUAUUUAAGGUUGCUUGUAAGGCCUUUGCUAAGGAAUGGAGGCUGGUGGUAAAGCAUACAAAGGUGUUUUUUUUUUUGUUGUUUUUUUUGGUAGGGUCUAGAGAAAUGAAUGCUAGCAUUAUUGGUCAAAAUUCACUUGGGCUGGCUAGACCACAGUAAAAUAUGGAAACAUGCUUUGACAAGAUGACCAAUCACUACAUCAGGAUAAGGCUAGACAUCUCACUAAAGUCAAAACAAUGGAUCUUUUUUUUUCUUUUUAGUCUUUUCUCCUUUCUUCUCUAGCCUUAAUGCUUCCAGCAGAUUUUUCUUCUGUCCUCCCAAUUUGGACCUACUUCUCCUAUUUGGCAUGCUGAAAUUAUAAAUGUAGAAAUUCUGACAGAAGAUGGAGGAUGUAAGAGAUUAAAAACUGUCUAAAAAUUAAUGCCAUUGCUGCUUCUAUGAGAAAUGUGGUGGAUUCACCAAUGAGUUGGCAAAGGGCUACAGGAGCAAAUGGAGCCAUGGGAGUAGGAUUUCAGGAGUACAGUACUAGGGGCCCCUACUCAGAAGCUGUGUAGGAUCCUGGAUCUUCUUAUGGAGACAUGUCCUGGAGCAAUUCUGUCUCCAUUCACUAACAACCCGGUUGUAGAGUAUUCAUAUUUAAGUCAGUAAAUUAAAUCUAGAAACAAUGGUUUUACUGAGCCAAAUGUUGCUAUUGUUAUUGUUAUUAUUGGUGCUUUUUAAAUAGUAUGUUACUAUAAGUACCAUUACAAUUAAUAUGAUUGUAAAGGAUAGUCAUAUAAGUGAAAUCUCUCUUCUCAUAUUUUAAGCAAUAUUCAAAAUACAAUAAAAUAUGAAUACCAAAAAAGUAUUCUGAAUAUAGGUUUGUAUAAAUAAAAUGUGGGUGUGGGCCAUGAUUGAUAUUGUUUUUCAUUGCACACCAGUAUCUCUUCAAGGAAAUCUAAUUUCAGAGGUCUGGUUCAUGUAUGGACCAAUAUGGGAAAAUUUGGUCAUUUUCCUUAGUUAUGUAAUUUUCUACUUUAAUGGAAUUUGACCUAUAUAAGAAAGGAGAAAAAUAACCAUCCAUUUCUGGUGAGCCAAACAACCUCUGAAAAAUUCACCACAAGAGGUGAAUUGAUUUCUUUAAUUUUUCUUGUCAUAUUGAAAAGUGUUUGCAAGGUAUAUAGACUAUGUUGAGUCUGUCUGAUUGUGCCUUGAAACUAGAGGGUGCAUAAAGUAUAGAAAAACAAAAAGGGGACCACGUGGAAAGGAACCAAAUGAUCUAAUCUCCUAAGAGAAGGAAUGUAUAAUUGUACAUCACUAUAUUCUGAAAACAAAUUAGUCAUUAUGGUUCACUGGGAAAUGAAUCAUGAAGAUUCAAGUUUUUUUCCCCAGCUUUCCCUACUGCUAUUAGCACUUUAUUUAAGGACACUAUGCCAUAGUUAAUCAGCAUGGGGAGGAGAGGGGCACCUCUUAAUAUCUCCAUUUUCCUCCCAUUUGUUUAAACCAAUAGAAUGGAAAUACAUAUAGCAAAAAUGUCUUAAAGCCUUAUAUCUGUAUUUAUAAUAUAAUGUGUCAAUGUACACAGUUUAUGAAGUAUUCUUAUAUGCUCUGGCUGAAUUAACUAAAUGUUUGAUAUGUUGUCUUUGUAUGUAUCUUGAAAGCACAUUGCAUAAAAAAAGACUGUUUGGUGAUUAAAUUUGGUCAUGUAAUUAUAUAAAAUAUUAAAUUUUUUCAUUUGAAUAUUUUUAAA